CCCAUUUCCCUCUUUUCUUCCGCAAAAGAAAAAUAAUGCCCCUCUCUUCAUCUUUUAAACAGUAAGCACAGUGCGCCUCGUUCCUCAGAUCCAUCCUCGACGUCGAAACUCCACCGCCCACGUCGCUGGCUGCGAGCACCGUCGCACUGUCCCUCGCGUCCCGCUGCCGCACCCCCACGGCAAAGCCCCACCAGGCGACGCAUGGUCUUCCCCACUCCCUCUGAAGAAAGAGAGGAAAACAUGGAGAAUAAGGAAGAGGAGGAGGAAGAAGAAGACGACCGGAGAGAAGCGGCGAUUGCUUUAAAAACCUCUUUACGACCUGAUUUCAAGCCCAAAUCUAAUGCCAUCUCCCAAGCUCAGUUCUCAAAGUUCCAAGAGCUGAACAGGAGGCGUUUAGAAAUAAAGUCAAAAUCAAAUUUCAAAAAGAAACAAAAAGGUGAUCUGACCAAAUCACAACGCAAAAAUCCGAAUACCAAUGAUGUUGAGCAUAAAGAUACAAGUUCUCAGAGUUCUGACAAGCACAAUAAUAAAGACAGCUCCCUAUUACAGCAAGAGAGCAUUACAACUUAUUCUGCACCAAUGCCACGCCAGAAGUUACAUUGGGGGCUCGACACAAAGGAAAGGUGGGAAAGAAAAGCAAACAUGUAAAUAUCACAUGGCGGUGGAAUUCUGUCUGGUCAAGUUGUUGCAAAUGAAUCUCUAAGGUGGUCUCUUGAGCUCGGUAUACACGGUGUUUUUAUUUUGUUUUCCUUUAGGGACGCGUUACAUACUUCUUGAGAAAUAUAUUCAUUUCCAGUCAUGUACGAGGAACCAUUGUACAUUUGAAUAGUGCGUGGUAUUAUACAAAACUGUUGGGAGUUUCUCUAGUAAGCAAGUCCUACCGAUAGUGCCAAUUUCUGACUAUUAUUAGAUUAGGUCACAAUCAUAUUAGAUUAAAAUAGUAUGCAAAAGUGACCGUUUCUGAUACAAGAUUUGA